UCUCAGCCCACGGAAGGCGCACCAGAGCCGUGGCAGUGUUCGACCCGGGACGCCAUGGAGCCGACAAGUGCGCACGCAGCGAUGAGAGCGACACUCGCGCUUUUGCUGCCUCUCCUCUGCUCCUCCGCGCUGCAAGAGCUGCAGUCAGGUGCUACUGUAAGAGAGUAUUAUAUUGCAGCUGUAGAAAUCGGCUGGGACUAUGAGGCUCACCCAACAACUGAACAAAGAAGGACAUCCAAGGACAUUCCUCAAAAAUACAUCAAAGCAAUAUACAGGGAAUAUACAGACUCCACAUACACUGUUCCCAAGCAAAGACCAGCUUGGACAGGGAUUCAAGGCCCUGUGAUCGUCACGCAGGCUGGUGAAACGGUGGUGGUCCACUUCAAAAACCUAGCCUCUCAGCCCUACAGUAUCAGCCCUGUGGGAAUCACCUACUGGAAACAAUCUGAAGGAGCUGGGUAUGAUGACUCCACAGCAGGCCAGGAGAAGGAAGAUGACGCCGUCUCUCCUGGAGGAUACUAUGAGUACGUGUGGGACAUCAGCCCUAAAGACGGCCCCACCACCAGCGACCCCGAUUGCCUCACCUACUCAUACACAUCACGAGUCGAUACAGUCAGAGACCUCAACUCAGGACUCAUUGGUGCUCUGCUCAUCUGUAAAACAAGUGCCUUCGCAGAAGACGGGGAGAGGAGAUAUCCGGCGUUCGUCCUGUUUUUUGCAGUGUUUGAUGAGACCAAAAGCUGGUAUGGAGAGGUCGGAGAGAGGAUGAGCAGAGAGAAGUUCAAAAGGAAAAACGGCAAGAAGGAAUACCACACCAUCAAUGGCUAUGUUAACUCGACGUUACCUGGUUUGACAAUGUGUCAGGGCCGAAAUCCUGUGUUCUGGCAUCUGAUAGGCAUGAGCACAGCUCCAGAAAUCCACUCCAUUCAGUUUCAGGAUCAUUCUUUGACGAUAUUGAACCAUCGUAAAGUCACCGUGGAGGUAACCCCCAUGAGCUUUAUCACUGCAGAAAUGAGACCUCACACCAUCGGCAGCUUUCUAAUCAGCUGCAAAAUACAUGCUCACCGCCAUGAUGGCAUGAACGCAUUGUUUACAGUGGAUAAAAAAUGCCCCGAGGCCGUCACUCCUCCAGCGCCCAACCUGCGUCAAGUCAAACACGACGAGGACUACAGCGACGAGGACUUCGACGACGACAAUUUGUUCAAUGUGUUCAACUUUAAACCAAAGAAUACACAACUGCAAGUCAGAGGCCUCAGAGGACAGGAGUCCAAAACCUGGGUGCAUUAUAUUGCUGCUGAAGAGGUCACCUGGAACUACGCUCCUCAUCUCAAAUCCUCUGACAGUGAGUUCCAGUCCAGGUAUUUGCCUUCAGCUUCGCACCACCUCAGCUACCAGUAUAAGAAGGUCGUGUAUGUGGAAUACACAGAUGGAUCUUUCACUCAGCGGAAAGACCCUGACAGCACACUCCUCGGCCCGAUUCUGAAAGGAAAAGUCAAUGAUCAGUUCCAUAUCACAUUUAAGAACCUGGCCAGUCGCCCUUUCAAUAUCUACCCCAAUGGCCUUACCAAGAUCUUUCCACUGCAAAGAUCCACAAAUGCUGCAGAGAGAGACCUGCGCUCAAUGGGUGUGCCCCCCAACAAGACGUUUGGCUACAUUUGGAGGCUAACAACAGAUGAUGGGCCCUUGGAAGGAGACCCCACGUGUUUGACCCAGCUGUAUCAAAGCACCGUCUCCCCAGAGAGGGACUUGGCCUCUGGGCUGGUGGGCACCCUGCUCAUCUGCAAGUACGAAGCCAUCGAUUUCAGAGGACAACUGUUGGGACCAGAUAAGAAGUUCAGCUUGAUAUUCGCCAUAUUUGAUGAGAACAGGAGUUGGUACUUUAAUGAAAACAUGCGGAAGUCCACUCAGAAGUCCAUCAAUACCACAGACCCCGACUUCUACAACUCCAAUGUCAUUUACAGUGUAAAUGGCAUCAUGUUCAGCAGGCGUCAGUUUGUGAUGUGUCAGACUGAUGUGACCUUCUGGCACGUUGCCAGUGUGGGCACCCAGAGUGACUUCCUCUCCGUCUACUUCACUGGAAACAUGUUUCAGUACCAAGGCCUCUACCAGUCUGUCCUCACCCUGUUUCCCAUGACCGCUAUAACUCUUCCCAUGGAGACGGAGAUUAUUGGUGAGUGGGAGAUCAAUGCCUUUGACAGCAGCCUCAAGAACCGCGGGAUGAGCAUCCGCUACACUGUUCGUCCCUGCGGCAAUGGAGACCUUGUUGAUCAUGACAGGGAUGACGAUCUCUCUGACUAUAUUGAUAAAAUAGACUUCCUGCCAAGAGGUUUUAGACCUGAAAAUCACACAGUGUUGGUUCGAGUGUGCAAGAAAGCCCGGGCUCAAAACAAUACUCAGUCACUGAACACCACCGCUCAAACUGUAGGAACUGGACCAAGAUGCCGCCUGAGGAAAGUGAACAUAGCAUCGCUGAAAGGGGGGAAAGCUCCCUCUGAGAGUGAAAUCCCACUGGAUGUCUUGAAAGAAUUAGACAGAGAUGGAGAGAGGGCAGCUUCUGAGAAUCAGACAGAGCAUGGAGAAAGACAGAGACAGAGAAGGCAGGCAAACAGAAAUGAGACAGAUGAAGACAUAAGUUCUGAAGAUUUAAUGGAUGAAGAAAUUACGAUGGAGAUUGUCCGAGAAGUUGUGGAAAACAUGACUGACGUCGAUGCCGAGGCAAAGGCUGAGGAAAGCAGCGAAAUGCAAAGCAAGAAGAAUGGCACAUUGGUAGAACUUGAAGAGAGCAAUGAGAUCAUACUGGACCGCGAACCCCUGUUGAGCACCAAGGCUGCAGAAUUACAAAAUUCAGAAGACAUGGAUAAAAACUUAGUACCGCAAAACCACAUUCGCAUCAAGCCCGAGCGACUUAUACAUGAUCUGCCUGAUGUGGAAGUCAACUACACUGCUGCAAACACAACGAUUGAUCUGUCCUUCGAGUAUGAUGACUACAGUUAUGAGGCGAAUGACACAUUAGAUACAGUUGGUGCAGAUUACAUAAACGUGCGCUCUGGAGAAAUCAGACCUCGGCACUACUACAUUGCUGCAGAGGAGAUCAUCUGGAACUACGGCAUCAGAAAACCACAUCAGCUCUUGGAAAACGGUGAGAUACGUCGAGGGUUCAGGAAGUUCCUGCCAGAUUAUAAGAAGGUGGUGUUUCGAGCCUACAAGGACAAAGACUUCCUGCAACCUGAAGACAGAGGGGAGCUUCAGGAGCACUUGGGAAUCAUGGGCCCUGUCAUCACAACUGAGAUUAAUGAUCUCCUUACUGUGACCUUUAAGAACAGCGCAUCCAGACCGUUCUCCUUUCACCUUCAUGGAGUCUAUGACCGAAGCCAGGGGGCCGGCACUGCCCAAACAAGCUCCUCCUCUGCUCCGCCCGGGGUGCCAGGAGAGCCUGUUCCUCCUGGUGAAGCCCGAACUUAUAACUGGAAAGUAACCAAGAAACAAGGACCGACUGACUCUGAAUUUGACUGCAAGACUGGGGCUUACUACUCCACUGUGGACAAGGAGAAGGACCUUCACUCAGGUCUGAUCGGUCCACUUGUGAUCUGUAAGCCUGGUACCCUCCAGCCCAAUGAGAACACGCAGCCAGGCAUCCAGGCGUUUUCCCUGCUCUUCCACACCUUUGAUGAAACUAAAAGCUGGUACCUGGAGGAGAACCUGAAGCGACACUGUGCCCCACCCUGUCAGGUCAAUGCUGAGGAUCCCUGGUACCACACCAGCAAUAAGUUUGCAGCAAUAAACGGCUAUGUGGCAGAGACUCUUCCUGGUUUGCUGUUAGCCCAGUACCAGCCAGUCAGAUGGCACCUUUUGAACGUAGGAAGCGACACAGAGCUCCACGCCGUGCACUUCCAUGGUUUGCCUUUCACUAUUCAUGCUAAGCAGGAACACCGUAUGGGCGUCUACAACCUCUUCCCUGGUGUAUUUGGCACGGUGGAGAUGAAACCCCCCACGGUCGGCACUUGGCUGGUGGAAUGCACUAUUGGAGAUUAUCAGCUGGCUGGCAUGAGGGCUAAACUACUGGUCUAUGACCCAAAAUGCGUUUUGCCGCUGGGGAUGAAAUCCGGGAAGAUUGAAGAUUCCCAGAUCACAGCAUCAGAUCACAUAGAUUACUGGGAACCGGCGCAGGCGAGGCUGGACCAGUCAGGUUAUAUCAAUGCCUGGAUGGGCAAAAACAAGCAGUCAUGGAUACAGGUUGAUCUGCAAAGGCCCACCCUCAUGCACGGUGUGCAAACACAGGGAGUGAGGUCAAGGCUGAGGGAGCACUACAUCACAUACUUCACUGUCUCCUACAGCCUGGACCAGGAGACUUGGACUAAUUACAGAGGAAACAAGACCAGCAACAUCAAUAUCUUUCAUGGCAACCUGGACAGCUCCAAAGUAAAAGAGAACCUCUUCUCCCCGCCAUUCGUGGCACGUUACAUCAGGAUCCACCCUUACCGCGUUGUGCAGAGGCCCGCUCUCCGACUGGAGCUGCUGGGCUGUGAUCUCAACAGCUGCUCUCUCCCUCUCGGACUCCAGAUAAGGCGUAUUCCUGACGGCAGCUUCAGCGCUUCCUCGUCUCAUUCCUCGUUUCUCCGUACCUGGAAACCGAGUCUCGCUCGCCUCCACCAGGAAGGCGGCGCCAACGCCUGGAGGCCAAUGAACAACAACCCCCACGAGUGGCUGCAGGUUGACUUGGGGAAAGUCAAACGCAUCACAGGAGUCAUCACCCAAGGAGCACGAUCACUGCUGACCCAAAUGAUGGUGACGGAGUUCUCGGUCACCAGCAGUCUUGAUGGGCACUCCUGGAGCAGCGUGUUAGACGAGAGAGCCCAAAGAGAAAAGAUCUUCACAGGAAACAACGACCCAGACAAAGAAGCCAUCAAUGUUUUUGAGCCUCCGCUGUUUGCCCGCUACAUCCGAAUCCACCCACGGGGUUGGAUCAAUGACAUCGCUCUGCGUCUGGAGGUGCUGGGCUGUGACACACAGCAGGGCGUCUGAGACCACCGGACAAACGCAACCAGCAGCACGAAGCAGCGUUUAAGAAGUAGAAAAGCCCUCGUUAAGUUAUAUAUAAAUUGUAUUAAGCUAUUUUUUCUGUGGCUGCAAUCUGUGAACAAUUACUGUUCAGAAGAAAUUAGAGCUGAAAACUCCACCGUGCUGAGAAUUACCACUUCAGCACAUGGCUGCAAUAACUACAGAGAAAACCUUUUGAAUGUAAUCGUGUGUAAAUAUUUCUGACUCAGAUGGAUGUAUACUGUUUGGCUGUUUUAUAUUAUUGGAAAAGUUUGUAUUUUUGUGCUUUAAGUUUGAAUAAACUAUGAAUUUACUAGUUA